GGUUGUUCAUUCACGUUUUCCGCUUUGGUUUCUGAAACUGUUGAUCGGAGAGUUUUUCCAAUCACUUGGUGCGAAGUUCGAUCGCCAUGGCCGUCGACAUCCAAACCUUGGAAGACAGGAUUUUUGGGUGGUAAAGAAAGAGAUGAACAAUGGGAAACAAGCUUGUAUACGCACAGGCUGUUUGAUUAAAUUCUUUGACCAAAGUUUUGAUAGUUUCCCCAGUUGCUAAUUAAAUCACUGUUUGCCUUGUUUGUAUUUCUGUGUAUUUUUGACUCCAUUCUAAUUACCUAAUAUUGGUUUUGGUUCUAGGUAUAUUGAUUCUUGCAGGAGACAUGGCGUUUUGCCUAAUACUGCUAUUUUGUCAAGCUUUUUCAAGUAAAUGAGGACACUUGCAUCAAACUUUGGUCUCAACCAAUUUUUCACUGUUAUAUACAGCUGAGGUCAAAAAGUCCUGCCAAGAGCUGUGCAGCCUCGAGAUCAUACUUGAUGACCUUAAGGAUAUUGAUUUUGCUCCACUUCUUGAUGUAUGCAUGAACCUUGAUACUUCUGAAAUAGAAGCCGUUGAUGUACGUAGCGAAUCAUCAUGUGUAUUAAAUGGAGAAUAUGCAUUAUCAUUGAUGCGUGCUAUUAAUCAAAAGCUUCAAGUAGUUGAUCUACAGGAUCUGUCAUUUGGAAAAGACUUCCUACGGGAUAUCUCACGAAGAGGUUUGGCAUGCCAAGUUUUGACAUUGAAGUCUUCACGUUUCCAGAAGCUGAACUUGAUAGGGGAGUUCAUGCAUAUGCACACCCUUAAUCUUGAUUUUAGUUCUACCCUUAUGAGUUUCCAAGAGGACUGUUUUAAUUGCAUGCCCAAUCUAAUGUGCCUCUCAAUGUGUGACACACGGAUUACAAAUCUAUGGACAACUGUUGCUGCUCUCUCUAAGCUUCCUUCUUUGGUUGAACUAAGGUUUCAAUAUUGGCAGUAUUGUAAUGAUGCUGACCCUGAGACAUAUAAUAUCUCACCCUGUGGGAAAUCAGAUGGUAAUGCUGAUUUUAGUCUACUUAAUAGCGUUCCUUUUAUUGGUGAGUCCUCCACUGAUACAAGGGAACUGACAGAUCCCAACUUUAGUGUCGAAGAUCCACUGAGAAAUUUUUAUUCUUUCGAUGAAGAAGUUAGUAAUCACGAUGUUCAAAGCAUGGUUGAGGAUUCAUCAGAUGAUAGUGAAGUUGACUUUACUAGUCUUAAUCAUAGAUACUGGUUGUCAGAUGUUUUUCCUGGGUGGAAUUUCCAAGUGCCUCUUCAGAAUGAGUUAACAUUACAGAAUGAAGAGAUGAAAGAGUCAUUGCAAGGUACCUUUACUGGGCAUAUUGCUGAUAUUUCUAUGAAGUAUAUGUCUCGCCAUGCAUCACCGAUAUGCUAUGAGAAACAUUACAGAGAAUUCAUGAUAGCUUCAUUACCAAAUCUGAAAAUUUUAGAUAAUGUGCACAUCAGAAAGAUUGACAAGGAAAGAGCUACUGGAAUAUUUUCUCAAUACUUUGAAUAUCUUCCAUACAGAUGGAAGCACAAAGAGAGUGUUGUGAAUAUCUUACAGAAGCGAGAAAUAAAAUCAGGCCACAUUAAGGCGCGAUCUUCUAAGUGUAGGCCAUCAUAUCCUUCUGGAAAGUCCCAAUAUUUGUACACUAGGUCUCUUUCUGCUGCUAAAAUGGGGUCUUCAACUUGGCCUUUCUUGCAUCCCCUUUCUAUAUUAGGAUGUGAAUUGGAUAAGGGCUUUCGUCCAAGGCAGUUUGAGUACCAUCCAUCUGACUCCAGCUUGAUGGUUUUUGGAACCUUAGAUGGUGAAGUAGUUGUCAUUAACCAUGAGAAUGAACAUAUUGUGAGUUAUAUCCCAUCACUUGGAGCAAUGAAUAGUGUCUUGGGUCUCUGUUGGCUCAAGAAAUAUCCCUCUAAGCUUAUAGCAGGUUCAGACAAUGGUUCCUUGAAAUUGUAUGACAUCCGCCAUACACCAAAAAAAAUUACUGGCAUAUAUGGGAAUUCUAGUUGUGUUACCUUUGAUGAAUUUGACCAGUUGACAUCUGUUCAUGUUAACUCUACGGAUGAACUAUUUCUCGCAAGUGGUUACUCAAGAAAUGUUGCUUUGUAUGACAUCAACAGUGGAAAGCGCUUAGAAGUGUUCACAGAUAUGCAUCAUGGGCAUAUUAAUGUAGUCAAGUUUGCAAAUCAUUCCCCGUCAAUUUUUGCCACUUCAUCAUUUGAUCAGGAUGUCAAGAUGUGGGACUUGAGACAGAAACCCAUACACCCUUGCUUCACUGCUUCAAGCUCUAGAGGAAAUGUGAUGGUUUGCUUUUCUCCAGAUGACCAAUAUAUUCUUGCAUCAGCAGUUGAUAAUGAGGUUAAACAACUUCAGGCUGUCGACGGUAGGCUUCAUUUGGUUUUUGAUAUAGCUUCCACUGGAAGUUCUCAAAAUUACACCCGUUCUUAUUACUUGAAUGGGAGGGACUACAUUAUAAGUGGGAGUUGUGAUGAACACGUUGUCCGUGUUUGCUGUGCUCAAACAGGGAGGCGCCUGAGAGAUAUAUCCCUGGAGGGAAGAAGCUUAGGAAGUUCCAUGUUUGUUCAAUCUUUGAGGGGUGAUCCUUUCAGGGAUUUCAAUUUGAGUGUGUUAGCAGCUUACAUGCGGCCAGGAUCCAAGUCUGAAAUUGUCAAGGUCAACUUACUGGCAUCUGGUGGUCAUGCCAAGGAUGAUUCUGAUGACCAGCGCCUUUGUCCGUCCCCCAGUAUGGGUGCUUGAUGUACGAUUUGUAUGUAUUAUGUAGAGCUGAUUUUCAGUCGGUGUUUUAUAGAUAAAAAGUAUAAUUUUGGAUAAAAAGUAAUUAAGCUAAGCUUUGCUUAAUAUAAUGUAAAUCCAAUGAGUGUUAAUAAAAACCAUCUGUAAGGACACCAUAGUUGUAGCUAUCGCACACCUGUGUUUGUAAAAUCUACUUUGAAUGGUAAUAUGAUGAAGCUGAAUAUUCGCUCACGUGCUAGUUAAAAUUCCUUUUGAACCAGGGUCCCUGGGAUUUUUUUUUUUUUUAACAUGAAUAAUGGAGAUUAAUUGACCAUUUCUUCUCUUUUAACUCCUCAAGGAAAAAAAUUUAUUUUUUAAUUUUAUC